AUGAACCUAACUGCGCUCAAAGCUUUCGUGGGCUUGCUCUGGAAUUGCUGGGUUCUGGUGGGUCACGCACAGGGAGGUUUAGGAGACAAUCAUGUCCAUUCGAGUUUUAUUUACAGGAGGCUGCGGAACCAUGAGAGAAGGGAGAUUCAGAGAGAGAUUCUCUCUAUCCUGGGUUUACCUCACAGACCCAGACCAUUUUCACCAGGAAAGCAGGCUUCUUCUGCACCCCUCUUCAUGCUGGACCUGUAUAAUGCCAUGACAAAUGAAGAGGAUUCUGAGGAGCUGGAGUAUUCACUAAAGGGAUCAAUGGCAGGGGAGAGCAGAGGGAUACGAAAAGGAUACCCUGCCUCUCCAAAUGGAUAUUCGCGGAGAAUGCAAUUAUCUCGCAUGACCCCCCUGACCACACAGAAUCCUCCCUUAGCCAGCCUGCACGACACCAACUUUCUGAAUGAUGCUGACAUGGUCAUGAGCUUUGUCAAUUUAGUUGAAAGGGACAAGGACUUCUCCCACCACCGAAGGCACUACAAGGAAUUCCGCUUUGACCUGACUCAGAUCCCUCAUGGAGAGGCAGUGACAGCCGCCGAGUUCCGGAUAUACAAAGAUCGGAGCAACAGCCGCUUUGAGAAUGAAACCAUUCAGAUCAGCAUCUAUCAGAUCAUCAAGGAGUAUCCCAACAGGGAUGCAGACUUGUUCCUGUUAGACUCAAGAAAGGCUCAAGCUUCUGAUGUGGGCUGGUUUGUCUUCGACAUCACUGUGACCAGCAAUCACUGGGUGAUUAAUCCACAGAACAACCUGGGCUUGCAACUCUGCGCUGAAACUGGGGAUGGUCGAAGUAUCAAUGUUAAAUCUGCUGGCCUGGUUGGAAGACAUGGGCCUCAGUCAAAGCAACCAUUCAUGGUUGCAUUCUUCAAGGCAAGUGAAGUGCUUUUCCGUUCUGUCCGAGCAGCCAACAACAAGAGGAAAAAUCAGAACCGCAACAAAUCCAGUAGUCAACAGGAGUCCUCUAGGAUGCCAAGCGCUGGGGAUUAUAACACAAGCGAGCAAAAGCAAGCAUGUAAGAAACACGAACUUUAUGUGAGUUUCCGAGACUUAGGAUGGCAGGAUUGGAUUAUUGCACCGGAGGGCUACGCUGCGUUUUACUGUGAUGGAGAGUGUUCUUUUCCCCUCAAUGCCCACAUGAAUGCAACAAACCAUGCCAUUGUUCAGACUCUGGUUCACUUGAUGUUCCCCGAUCAUGUACCCAAGCCAUGCUGUGCACCAACAAAACUGAAUGCAAUCUCCGUGCUCUACUUUGAUGACAGUUCCAAUGUUAUUUUAAAAAAAUACAGGAAUAUGGUGGUGCGUUCAUGUGGCUGCCACUAA